CUGCGGAGGGUGCCCUGAUGCCCCGAGCCGUCCGGUCAGCCAGUGUCUGCGCGGCUUUCCGCGGUGGGGGCUGGCGGAUUCUGCGGGUCUGGACCCGCUCCCCUUUCGGAGAGGAGAAACGAAAACCCCUAAAAGACGAAUGAAGAAAAUACUUCCUAUGAAGAGUACAAGUACUUGAUUCGGGGAAAACUCUUAAAGCACUUCUAACUUCAGAGCUGUAGAAAAGUAUGAAGGAGCAAUCCAUCUGACUCCCCCAGCGUCUCACCCAGAACACAAAAUGGCUCUUCAGAAAAAAACUAUUGCUGAUGUCUUGGAGGAGUGGUGUUUGGAGGAACCACUGUUUGGUUGCCGACGGCACCAUAAUGUUAGGAAAAAACUGAGACUGAUACGAAUUAUAGGGCUUCUUGUCAGUGUAGCGGCCAUUAGUAUUUUCUCUCUUUCAAUUAGUGCCUUUUUCAAGAUGGAACCACAUAGCAUGGCAUUGGCCAGCAGCCUAGAUAGCCAAAAGCUGGUGCAUGGGCACCAAAGAACUCUGUUGGAUUUCACAGAACAGAAUGAAAACGGCACUCCAGACCCACACACUUCUAUGAAAUAUGAAGCUGAGCAUGACAAUGCAACAGAUGAACAUGCCAAGGGAGAGUACCCCCAGGACCUUUUCUCUCUUGAGGAGAGAAGAAAGGGAGCAGUGAUCCUCCACAUAAUUGGAAUGAUUUACAUGUUCAUAGCUUUAGCCAUAGUCUGCGAUGAGUUCUUUGUUCCUUCCUUGACUGUCAUCACUGAAAAACUGAGCAUAUCUGAUGAUGUGGCAGGGGCAACCUUCAUGGCUGCUGGUGGGUCAGCCCCAGAACUGUUCACUUCUUUAAUAGGAGUGUUUAUAUCCCACAGCAACGUUGGCAUUGGUACAAUAGUGGGAUCUGCCGUGUUCAAUAUCUUGUUUGUUAUUGGAAUGUGUGCUUUAUUUUCUAGAGAGAUCUUGAACCUCACUUGGUGGCCACUCUUUCGAGAUGUGUCCUUUUACAUCGUUGACUUGAUCUUACUAAUCAUCUUUUUUCUGGAUAACUUGAUCAUGUGGUGGGAAAGCUUAACACUCCUGACAGCAUAUUUUUGCUAUGUGAUUUUCAUGAAGUUCAAUGUUCAAGUAGAAGAAUGGGUGAAGAAAUUUUUAAACAGGAACAAGGUUGAGAAGGUAACGACUGCAGACGCUGAAGGAAAGUCACCUAAUGCUGGCGACAAGGAUGACCAAACACUGACGACCAAGCCACGGCUCCAGCGGGGAGGAAGCUCUGCAUCUCUCCACAACAGUCUAAUGAGGAACAGCAUCUUCCAACUCAUGAUUCACACACUUGACCCACUUGCUGAAGAGCUUGGAUCAUAUGGAAACCUAAAAUAUUAUGACACAAUGACUGAAGAAGGGAAGUUCAAGGAAAGGGCCUCAAUUCUGCAUAAGAUCGCCAAAAAGAAGUGCCAGGUGGAAGACAGUGAAAGGCAGAAUGGAGCUGCUAAUCAUGAAAAAAGUGCAAAAGUCGAAGUUGCAGUAACACCACCGAGUGAUUCAGGACCAGUGCAGAAUGGAAUUGCCCAUAACGUUGACGAGAAUGAAGAGGAUGAGGACCAGCCUCUCAGCCUGGCCUGGCCUGACACCCCACGCAAGCAGCUCACCUACCUUCUUGUGUUACCCAUUGUUUUUCCACUGUGGGCUUCCCUCCCGGAUGUCAGAAAACCUAGGUCAAGAAAAUUCUUUCCUAUCACGUUUUUUGGCUCUAUCACCUGGAUUGCAUUUUUUUCUUACUUAAUGGUCUGGUGGGCACAUCAGGUUGGAGAGACCAUUGGUAUUAGUGAAGAAAUCAUGGGAUUGACUAUUCUUGCUGCUGGCACAUCCAUUCCUGACCUUAUUACCAGUGUUAUUGUAGCACGCAAAGGUCUGGGGGACAUGGCUGUAUCCAGUUCUGUUGGAAGCAACAUAUUUGACAUCACAGUGGGCCUUCCUCUUCCGUGGCUCCUCUAUGCUGUGAUUAACAGCUUUGCCCCUGUGACAGUCAGCAGCAAUGGUCUGUUCUGUGCGAUUGUCCUGCUCUUCAUCAUGCUGCUCUUUGUCAUCCUCUCCAUCGCUUUCUGCAAGUGGAGGAUGAAUAAAAUCCUGGGCUUUCUCAUGUUUGGGCUCUAUUUUGUGUUCCUGAUUGUCAGUGUCCUCCUAGAGGACAAAGUGAUCCAGUGUCCUGUCUCCAUCUAGUGGAAAGUGCUGUUUCUGGAGGAAAAAAAAAACAAAACAAAACCCACACACAACAAAACAUAUAUAUUUAUUUAAAAAAAAAAAUUACCAAAAUGAAACAGCGAAAAACCACAACGGAAGGCUUCUGUGAGAAUAACCCUUGGAUUUGUAAAUUCCCUCUCCAUCAAUUUUGAAAGAGAGAAAGAAAGAAAGAAAAGGAUACAAAGGGUGGAUCUCAGAGCUGAAGAAUGACCGCUGCGGGACAGCGCGGUCACACGUGAAGGGCUGGGUCCAGCUGCGCUGAGGUUUUCUUCGUCGCCGCUCAGUACCGGGGAUGCGGACGCAAGGAAAUGGUGAGAGCUGCUGCUUCUCCCAUGCCCAUGGUACAAACCUACAGACUUCUCGUCCUCUGUACUAGUAUACACAGACACACUGCGCACUCAGUUCUUACAGCUCUCGUCUUCUAAGGGGAAUGCUAAGAUUAACUUUGUGGAGGCACCACCCCCCACACCCCCUGGUAUGGGAUUUUUCUGAUAAUCUGCUGAAACUCCCGAGAGGAAAGCAUACACCGAGUGCAUGAGUCACAGACAGGGAAGAGCUUGCAGAUCGCUUCAUGUAAGUGGAUUUAUACGAUGUGAUUUCAGCAAAGCCGGGGAGUUCAUCAGUGGUUUGAUCCUCUGCAUCACAGGUCUGUAAAGGCAAUCAGCAGGAUGUUAAUGGUGGUUUAUUACGUCUUGCAAAAAACUAUUCAGAUUCCGGAAACUCUGGCUCUGGUGAUGAAGGGGCCACACUGCCUGGCCAUUUUGUGACUGGGGCAGAUUUUCAUUGCAUUCACAUGCAAAGACCAGAAUGGGGAUACUCUUUUCUUCUCUAAUAGCAACACAGCAUGCAGAGAGAUCAUAAAACUACUAUGUGAACACACCAUUUUUUCUAAUGCAGCAAUACGAACAACAGUACCAAUGGCUUUCAGAUGUUGUUACCAUUACGAGUUUGCCUUUUCAUGCCAGAAGAAAAAGGCUGAUUUGCUUAUGCAUAGUAUUUCAUACAGAAAAUAGAAGUAGUUGUAAAGUGGCAGCCUAAUUGCUGAAGUGGAUAUGUGUUUUACAGGCUGUCUUUCAUUAUUACUUGGAGUGUAAGGACCUUCACAGCUACAUAUAGCCAUUGCUGGAAGAGAUCCCCAGCUGCUGUACAGAGCUGGGGCAGUUCAUAUUUCCUCUUACAAAUCUUGAAACUAGGUAGGAGAAACUAAAAAUUUAAAUAUAGUGGAGCUGCAGGAAAACUUUCAUGACAAUUUUUCAGUAUUGCUGGAAGUGUGAAAUGUCUAAACAAGGCCAGGAAGGAGUGACAAUGCAAUAUUCUUUUACUGAAAUCCUGAGAGAAGGAGAAGGUCCAAACCUAGAACAAAAAAAAUGAGGGAGAAAGCAACCAAGUGUUUGUCUUUCCUGUAGUUUGAAUGAUUUAAAAAAAAAAUAAAAUUGGAGGACUGGAAUGGAUGUUAAGAAAGUAUUUCAGAUAAUUGUCGUUUGCUUGUUGAAGUCUUUUGUGCAGUUCGAGUUCAUGAAAUCUCAGCACAUUUCUGUGACCUGUUUCAGCAUUAUUUUGUAUUCAUAUUGUGCUCACAAUGGCAAUGCCAUGCUCACAGCUGUCUAACAGAAGGCUCAGCACAUUUUGUCUUGUCUGUUUUUCUGUGUUCCGUGCUGUUUGCUUCUCACUCAUCCCCUUUGUCCUUUACUGUUUUCCUGUUAUAUGUGUUUGUAUAUAACAGUAUCCGGUUAGAAAGUAAGGACUUGACAGAAAACAAUGGUAGAGAAAACAGUAAAAAAUACACAUUAUAAAUUACUAAAAUGUUAAUAUUAUGUGAUAUCAUGAAGAAAAAAGUGAGAUACUAAUGAACAAAAGCAAGAAAACUAGACGUUACAAUGUCUGCUAUUGUCUUGUCCUAAGAUAUUAAGUCCUAGCUACAUUCAGAAUCACUAUUUGAUCUUAACCGUACAUUUGCAACACCUCUUGCUUCUUAGUGCUUUUUAGUGUGAGCUUCUCUCAUUGUGAGCAAAAAUUUGUCCGUGUAUCUGAGAUCCUUCAGUGCUCCAGUCUUAAGACAGUUACCUGUCUUAACAGUAGUGCUGCCCACCUUUUAACAUUUGUUUCUACGGGUGUACGCGAUGGAAAGGUAAGUAUAUACAAACCUACAGUGCCCUCUACUGACAAGAACGGCGGUCGUACAAGAGCAAAUCUAUAACCCAAACUCUCAUUCAAAUGAAGCAGGUGCCCUAAAAUACAGAGCUGACUCCACAGUAUAAUCUACCCCAGAGGAGUCACCAAAUUCUUUUAUUUCUGAUGAUGGCGCUCAAAACAGGCGAUCCUUUCCCAAGUGAGCAGCAUAAGACAGAGCGAUCCACAGGAGCGUGUGCAGGAUCAUGAUAGGUCUGUGUGUAUGGGCAUUACAAUAUACAAAGAUGCCAAGGUUCGCUGGCCUGGCAUUUCAAAUCACGAAACCAAGGACGGGCAAGAGCCUGAUCUCUGUUCAGUACAUCACUCCUUUUUUGUUUGGUUGGUUUUGGUUUUGGGUUUGGGUUUUUUUUUGGGGGGGGGGUUCUUUACAUUAAUGACUUUGUGACCAGCAUGGUGUAACUCCCUCACUGGGAAAGAAAAAGCCUGAUCUUGAGAGCUGCAAGGGCUCUGUGCUGUGCUCUGCAAAGUGAGGGCAGCAGCAGAAGCUACUGCCCCACCGAGGGCAGGUAGGGAGAAAAGAGUAACUGAUCGAAAGCCCGACGCACUGGGAAUAUUUCAUUCCAAAGCUGGCAUCUGGCAACAGCUUGAAGGAAGAAUUUUAUGUGUAGGGCUAAGGGCUGGUAUCCUGUAAUGGCAUUUGCAUAAACAUAUAACAUAUCUGACUCAUUUCUUUCCUGUAUCUGCUUGCCCCUAUCAACAUAUUUAUCUUGGAAGGUAUUAAAAGUAAUAUUUCCCCCUCAGGAAUGAGACACCUCGCAGCUCCCACUGCCUUGCAUCUGCUGGGCAGGUCAUUAUUCAAACAGCUGAAUAACUGUGUGGCCAGUGCGCAGCUCAGCUCCAGAUCAUCUCUCCAGGUAACAGGAGAGAUUUUGGUUGCGUGGUGCUUUCUGUGGCGGCUGGCUGUGAAAGCUGGUUACACUUACCAGGGCAGUUUUCGACAUAACUUCUGGGGUAAACUGUUUCAGGAUCCUGGCGCGCUGAUGUGCCCUUUGAUUGUAACGCAACAGCUGUGCUGGCAGAGAAAAGAGAGGAAUGGGGUGGAGGGAGAAGCAUGGCCCCUUAAACCAUGCAGGAGGAGUUUGAAAAUCUUAAACUGAAGUUCUGAGAGAACAGCCCAGAGCUGCUGCAGGCCACUGGCUGGGCAUCCAUAAGCUGUCCAGGCUCAACGCCGGCAAAAAUGCACACCGCUUGUGAAGACACUCCUAUUUUACAAUGUCAGAAAAUUUCCCAGCACAGAGUGUUUCUUGUUCUUCGUAACUGUUUCUGUGGGGGAUCCAUGAACCUUUUUCAACAUUGUACGCCUAGAAGUCAAAAUUAAAUUUCUGUUUUCUUCAAAGUUCUGAAUAACUUCACUAGGGAUCUGGUCCUGCAGACCGCUCAAAUUCUACAGCAAGUUGGUCCGCGUUGAAGCCUCUUCCACCUACCUGUAUGCCUGUACUCAUUUAUUCAAUUGAUGGUAAUGUCUGCAUAAUCCUUAUGAGGCAUAAAUGAAUAAUUAAUACAGAAAUCGUUGUUAUGAUCAAGAUCCUGUUCUAGCUUAGUGUAUUCAGGACAACACCAGGUUGGUAACACAGUAAGUAAGAUAAGAAGGCAACUUCAGGUUAAAUAGCCAACUCUCUGUGGCACGAUCACACCUGAACAGAACCAAUGUUGGACAUGAUUUUUGGGAGGGAUUUCCAGUAGCAUCUGAGUAGGAUCAUGGGUCAGAUCGUAACCUGCUUUAAAGAUUUUCUGCGCUAACUUUAUUGGAAUUACAGAAGAGAAUGGGCCCCAUCAGUGCAAAAUACCAUUGGAGUCCUACAAGUAUUUGCUGUUUUCCACUAAAAACAAAAGCAAAAAGCUGGCUUCCCUCUUCAGAAGCCACCAUGGUCAAAUCUGUGGGGUAAAUGCAAUAAAAAUGUGAUUAAAAGUGUGAUAUAAGGAUGAUGUCCUUGAAAAAUCUUUCAGCAAAGCUCAGUAUAUUUUAAAUUAACUAUUUUACUGAAAGCUAGUGCUUUCUUGUAGUGCAGACAGGCUCUCUGUGUCUGUAUGCCUCUGCUUAUUUAUUCAAUCGAUGUGGCUGUCUGCAUAAUCUUCAUGAAGCGUAAAGCACAGUGGGUGACAAAGAAGCUUAUCUAGAUGUCAUUUGAUGUUUGUAACGGCAAUGAACCUACCAUGUAAUUUCCACAUAUGCUACUCUGAAGCAGUUUAUGGUCACUGUCACUCAUGGUACCGUUGUGUGUGGAUAUGAAGGUCCACAAAGCAGUAGGUUAAACGUGGUUAAUCCAAGUACUGUAAAAAAUAGAUGCUUAGAAAUAUUCUUAAUGUUUGGGUGUUUUUUAAGGGAUUAUUUCUCUGGUUGUCUUUUACUUCAUUACAUGUUUCACGAAAAAGGGGAUAUACAAUAUUUUUUAAUUAUUCUUCUUUUAGCAGUAAUUCCUUAUAAUAGCAUCUUGUGGUCCAUAUAACUUAUGUUCUGAGUCAAAUAGGAGUCUGUAUCAGAUGGAUUUAUUUAAUUCAUAACAAGGAAAUAAUCCCUUCUCCAACAACCAGCCCACUGAAAUCCAGAAGAUUUCUGCCAUUAGCUUGGGCAAGACACACAUUUUUAUCUUAGGAUCCCAUAUUUCAUAAAUGCACUUGUGUAACCAACAUAGUUGGCCUGGGAGCUAUGUACAAAGAGAAAAAUUGCAUUCACUUGUAUUCUUGGAAGCCAUUUUACCUCUUGUAAAUAACAAUGACACAGCUAACUGAGAAGGAGGCACAGUUAGUUCCUUUGAGCAGGUGAUUCUUGUUUUCCUGCUAUUCCUGGAAGGUUUGAUGCAAGAACUUGCAGCUGGAAACAUAUCUGAAGAAACUGAUUUUGAGAUUAGCAAAUGGGAUAGUUUGCACUCAACGGUGUGGAGAAGAGUCCUGCUCUAGCUCUCCAACAGACAUGGGUCUCAGUCCCGGUUGAUGUUAAAAUGAUCCUUCUUGGAUCUGUUGCCAUCAGAGACAGGAGUAUCAGUACUGAGGUAUCUGUCAUUUCCACUGGGACUGGGGAGAUAACUUCCAGACUGAAGUUAGGCAAUUCAGUGCACCCAUCCAAUCCAGAAGUCAUUUACAGAUCACAGUGCUGUAGUCCAGACAAGUCAUCCUGUAGAUCUGCUGUGUGUUCCUCGUUGUCAGUGUGUGGCAUCUCAGGACUUCUCUGUCUGGAUGGGUGCAGUUAGUUUGCGCGUGCCCCUGCCCAUGCUCCUGCCUGGCUGGACAUAAGCCAUGUCUUCUCCAGAAGCCAUGUAAUCACAUUAGUGUGGCGCUGAGCCCCUUCUCCCAGCCAGCCAGCCAGAUGCAGGUCAGCCCCAGCCUAGAAGCCAUGUAACCACUUGGAGCAUGGGUAGACUGGACACACAGCUGGCCACGUCAUUCCUACAUGAGCCAUAAGUGGCCCAGGACAAGACUGAGUAAGAAAUAAUGUAAUUUGAGAUUGGUAAAUGAACUGUACAUUCAUGUAGAUUUAUUGUAAAUUCACCACUCAUCAAACACAAAACCAAUCCGAACAAUGAAAUUUGUAUGCGUUUUUAAAGAUCUUGCACUUUACAAUUUUUUUUUUACUUUUAUUUUAUGUCACAUAGUUGUCUUAAUGCAAAAAAAAGCCAUAAAAAAACCCAGAAGACUAGUAUGGGGUUUCUAAAUAAGGGGAUCAUUAAUUUUAAAGUAAAGAAUCCAUUUCAUGUCUCUGUUUAAGGUAUAAUGUAAAAUACUGUCAAAUAAAUGUACAGUAAAGCAGGAUCUGGUUUUGCCUUAGUGAAGCUGUGAGUAAGUUGGGGGGAGUUUGCUCAUACUCUUGAGCUUCCCUGUGGGACUGUACAAAAUGCU